AUGGUCAAGUUUCUACUCAAAGUAUUUGGUGAAUUAACAAAUGUCACUGAUUUAGAACCAGUUGAUACACCUGAAUCACCAUAUGAAUACACUUUUCAAAUUGAGUGUACCAAAUGCAGAACCAUACACGAUAAAGAAAUCCACAUGAAUCGAUUUGAACUACAUGAUAUGAGUGGAUCAAGAGGAGAAGCCAGUUUUGUGUUUAGGUGUAAAGAAUGCAAAAACGAGCAUUCGGCUAGCAUAGUGAGAACCAAUGAGAAAUUGGCAAUUGGUGCCAACAAACCAGUAAGUAUACUAGAAAUUGACGCAAGAGGUCUUGAUUUUAUCAAGUUUAUACCAGAUGGGAAAUUUCAAGCAAUAGGGGAAGAAACGGGGACUAAAUUCGAUGAAGUUGAUUUGGAGGAUGGAGAAUGGUAUGAUGUUGAUGAAAAGACUAAUGAGGAAGUGUCGAUAGUUGAUGUUGAGUGGUCCAUCUCGCGCUCGUAG